AUGGACGCGGAUCUCUUGGUUUGCGGCCUCACCGACGAGCUCUUCGACUUGGAAGCUCCUGCUGCGAUGGGUCGUGGGCCGUGGAGUGGCUACGCCCACGGUGAGCAGAUCAAUGGCAGCUUCUUCUUCGGAGGUGCCCGCCCUGGCCCCUGGGGUUGGGGCCAGUCGGGUGGCAUCAAUGCUGGGGUCAUGCUGCUGAAGCCCAGCUUGGACACGUUGGCACAUUGUCUGGCAGAGGUGGCCGAUGAAAAGCACCCGGAACAUAUACGUGGAAACGGGCCGGAACAGGACUACCUGUCCAGAUAUUAUGCCAGCAGCUGGACCCACAUCAGUGUGGCCUACAACUUCCAGCUGCAUCAGAUGUACUACGCCUUGAAUCCCGAGUGUGUGGACUCGGCUGAUCGAGCUGGCUUCUUUGGAUGUCCCGAGAGGGUCAAGAUCUUCCACUACUCGAGCGAUCCAAAGCCGUGGGCUCGACUUGUGGAACCCGCGUAUGCAGCGUUUAGCGAGGAGGAGUGGUUGGAAGAAGUGCUUACGAAGUUCAAUGGCUACCGAGCGUGGGUGCUCAAGGACCCGGAUGCCAUCGAACGUGAGGCAGACCGCUGUGGAAUUGCAUGCGGCCCGGACGGAAGGAUCCGCAAAGCACUUGGGUGGGAAAAGUUUGUUCCCAUGGAUGCCGAGAGCUCCCGCUCAGCCAAUCGCAAGGACGAGGAUUCAAGCCCCAAAGAAGAAUGGCGACGAGUCCUGGGCGAAGAGAUAUUCGUGCCAGCAAGCGCAAUAGAGGGUGCGGCGAAGGCAUGGGCGUGGGCAUUCAUGUGCAUGUUUGGAUGCCAGCGACAUCCCGACCACUUCUUGGAGCUUCAGGUGACGCGCACUGCCCUCAAGAUGUGGGAGGAGGUCUAUCAAGACCUGGCUGCCGGCCUCGCCGAUCAGAACCUUGCUGAGACGGUGAUGAGGUCGGUGGGCAAGGACGUCACGGCAGUGGACACGGCAAGCUGGAAGCGAAGUAAUGGUUGGUGGGUCGCACCCGCAGAGUGGCCGACAGAGCAGCGGCUUACCUCUUCCUGCAGUUGGCUUCCCAGCGGGCCACAGGUCUUGUUGACAUGUGGGAGUGAUGUGCUCUUGAAGACUGACGUCGAAGGGGUCCAUGUUGCUGUCAUCACGCCAGGUGGCGCAGUGGUGAAAAGCUUCCCUUCGGAUGCAUCAAUGCUGGGAUGCGAUGCAAAGGCUUGGGCUGCUCAGCUGCCUGAGUCCGCAAUGGCAGCUGUGGCAAUCGCUAGCCUCACCGGGGAUUUGACAGCGCUCGCAGCGCUCGCUGAGGGUGGACUGGGCUGCCCUUCGGCUGCGCCGCCUGCGGGCUGUCGUGCAGCAGCUGCAGUGGGUCGAACGCACAGGGGUGAGUGGACGGACACUCACGCCGGCGUUGAUUUUGCAACUGCUUCACUCAAAGGCAGGGAGCCCUGGUUGGACAAGUAUCGCCUGGGUGAGUCUUGGUGUCGCUUUCGGAUCUGUCAGACCCGAUGGUUGAGCAUGAAAGAGAUCGUGGAGCAUCGGCCAAAGAUGGUCUGGAUCUCGAGCCCACUAGACAUGGCUAUUCCAUCAAAUCACGGCUACAUCAGCAACAUGGAAAAUUUCAGUUGUGACUAUGACUCAGGACUGUUGAAUUGGAGCACGGGUGCCAUCCCGCAAUUCAUCACCAAGGUUCUCGAUCAUUUCGGCCUGCAUCCACCGCCUGAAUCGCAGGUGUAUCAGCUCUACACUGCGUUCGACAGGGACAAAAAUGGAAGCUUAUCGCUGUCUGAGAGUCUCCGCUUGGUCGAGGCGAUCGUCCGUGCUGCUUUCAACAUCAAAUCGGACAUGGCCCGACAAAACACGUCCUCGUCGUCAUCAGUGAUGUCCUAUUCUCCAGCUGGUGACCAGCUCAAGAGACCUUCUCAGAGUGUUUUAUACCCCGGCAGUGGCACCGUGGUUUCCGCUCCACCGUUGGCACAGCUUGCCACACAGGCCGAGUCUGGGCAACUGCGAGAUGCAAUGCUUCCUUCAUGCUUCAUGCUUCCUUGCAUGUGGGCGUAG